UUCCAUAAACAUGGCUUUCAAUAUUUAAUACCUCAUUAGUGACAUAACAUCAAAAAACAAACUCCUUUUUGAGAGAUAUAUUAUGCAGGCAAUAUCAAUAUGAGAAGGUGUGGUCAAAUAUUUUUGAUUUGUAUGCCACUUCGUACCUUGAGGCCAAUUUGAACUUACGUUCCGAUAUAAGUGAUGAAAAUUUGUUACCAUUCGCUACAUGUACUCGUACGAGUAAAAUUCACGCGCGAAUGAUAACAAAAUGACAUCAUUUUGAUUUCGGAAUAUAAGUUCGGAAUAUAUAGGAGUCACAGUAAUAUGACAAUAUGAGAUACCAAGCGCAUUUUAUAUUUAGUGACGCUGUGUCAAGUUACGGAAUGGCACAAAACCAAAUUCCGUGAGUCACAACAGUUGGCACUAAGCUAUGCGGAAAAGUGCAGCACUGCCGGGCUGCUUUACAUUAGCUUCACCGCCAUUCGGAAUGAGCCACUGAAACAGCGUGACGUGACAAAUGUGACCGAUUGAAAUCUAUGUGGCUAAGUUUUUACAUCCGUGUUUUGUACAUAAUGCACAGAUACAAGUCAGCCAAUAAGAAUUCACAUGAGUCUCGCAAGAUAAUGAUAAUUAAACCAUCGAAAUACGAAACCACUGAGGCGAUUCAAGCUAACAAAAAACAUUGGGGAAAUGUUUUUGAUAAAUUGGAUACACCUGCCCAAGAAGAAGAGCAAUUACAAAAUCGAGACGUCGAGAGCGCCUAUUUGGCUGAAAUAUUACCCGAGAAACUAUACCGCAAAGUUUGCAGUACCUUGGACUUGCCCAGGAAAAAAAAUAUUCACAAAGAAGAAAUCGAGGGUCCGAUAGAAGAGAAGCGUCAUAGUAGGAUCGUGAAGGAACCAGUUUUAUAUUUGAGAAAAACCAUUCGUAUCGAUAGAGCGAUUGACUCCGACACUGAAGUAGAAGUUUCUCCCAGAGUUACCCAAGAUGAAGUAAAUGUUCACUGGGAACUUCUAAAGAAGCCCGAACGAGAGCAAGUGACCUGGCCGACGCACUACCUGCAACCGGAGCGGGAGGAGGAAAAAACUCUCGUCCGGAAAGCCGAUGACCUCACAGACCGGAUUGUGCGUGAGUUUUGUGAAUAUAUGACACAAUUGGGAGGAAACCAACAAUCGCAACUGUUCAAACCGAAGGCUAUAAAGGAACUUUUUCAGAUUGAAUUUGACACGCACGUGGCUCGCAGUCUUCAAGUAAUUCCAAAAGAGUUGCCAUCUGUAGAGGAAAAAAUUGCAGAAGUAACUGGGAAUCCCGAGCUGUCGCAAUACGCAGUAUUGGAGAGGGAAGUGACGAGGGACAUUAAAGCGGAGCAUCGCCCUGAUAUUUUGGUCGCCUUCAACCGAUCACUCCCGCACCGCGAGCAAACACACGCUCCUCAUAAUCAGACCAAAAGUAUGUGGCGGUCUGCUCGCCACGUGCCUAAAGACCUCGUCUCACUAAAAACUGUUUGGGAAGGCAUCACUAACCUCAGGAGCGUUAAAGAGUAUUGCCGCUGGAUGAUUGAUCAUCCAGAGUAUAAGCGAGCCCCUUACCUGAGCAGUCUAGGCAUGUUCGACUCUGCCGUGCUAGAAGCCAGGCUGACCCUGGAAUCACUCCAUAGGACGGCGUCUCCGACGGUGGCAAUUAACUCCCCCAAUUCUAAUGUAUCAGCACCAAUAGAACACAUCCGAAGAAGGCUUUCGCAGUUGGCUGAUAUGGAAUAAGUACCUGCAAUGUUCAAAAACUACAGGUUCCUUCUAAUUUUUGUUUUCUAAAUAUAACAACAACCUUUGACCAAAA